UCCCGAGGUGCCGCGACGGAAAAACAGCGCGCAGGCGGGCUCAGCCGGGCGCCUAGCGCGCCCCGCCUCCGGGGUGCCGGGCGCCCGCCCCUCGCCCAAGCUCCGCCUUUCCCCACGUGUCUGCGGCCGAGGGGAGGUGCCUGAGCCGGAGCGGGCUAUCUACCGGUCCGGCCCGGUCCUCGCACAGGUUUCCGUCGGCUGCGCCCGGUACCUGCCCCGGCUGCCGGAUGCUUCCGCCCCGGCUGUGGCGGGCCGGGCUGGACGCCUAGUGCCCGGUUCGAGCCCGGCCUGAAGCGCCCGCGGGGGUGGCAGCGGCCUCCGCCCCGCGGAGACCGAGCUGCUUGAGGACGAGGCGGCGGCCGCGGGGAGGAGGAUGGGGGCUAACCAGUUAGUGGUGCUCAACGUGUACGACAUGUACUGGAUGAAUGAAUACACCUCAUCCAUUGGAAUUGGAGUUUUUCAUUCUGGAAUUGAAGUAUAUGGCAGAGAAUUUGCUUAUGGUGGCCAUCCUUAUCCUUUUUCUGGAAUAUUUGAAAUUUCCCCAGGAAAUGCUUCUGAACUAGGAGAAACGUUUAAAUUUAAAGAAGCUGUUGUUUUAGGGAGUACGGACUUUCUAGAAGAUGAUAUAGAAAAAAUUGUAGAAGAACUGGGAAAGGAAUAUAAAGGCAAUGCCUACCAUUUGAUGCAUAAAAACUGCAAUCACUUUUCUUCAGCUUUAUCAGAGAUUCUUUGUGGGAAAGAGAUUCCUCGCUGGAUCAAUCGACUUGCCUACUUCAGCUCCUGUAUACCCUUUCUACAGAGUUGCCUCCCAAAGGAGUGGCUGACCCCCGCUGCUCUGCAGUCUAGCGUCAGCCAGGAACUCCAGGAUGAACUGGAAGAAGCAGAGGAUGCUGCAGCGUCCGCUGCCAUGGCAAACACUGCAGCUGGCUCCAGACCUGGGCGCCACACUAAACUAUAAGCAUCUCCAAAGUCACACCUUCAGAACUGUCUCCUGCAGUUGAAUAUCUAGAGAAAACAGAGUAAGCGUCCUUUGGAUAUUUUGUACACAAAGAUGGCUCUCCCCCAAAUCCCAGAUUUUCAGCUCAGGAUUAUAUUUAUAAUCAAAAAAAGAAGAAGAGGAAAAUCACUUGGCGCAGGAGGGAGAACUUUGUACGAAGCUGCCCUUUUUUUUUUUUUUUAACCCACUUGUAAAUUUGGAUUUACUUCUGUUUUAUACAUGCUCUGUUAAGUUAUGUUUACAGUAUUUUGUAUCGCUGUUUACAAAUCUUGCAUGGACUUCUGCCACCGUAAAAGAAGAAAGUCUUCAUCUUCAAAAUUAGGCAGGUCAUCUUUGUACACAUCCUGAUAAUUGCCAGUUAAACAGCAUAAAUAGUAGGCACACGAAAAGGUACUUAACAAAGGUUACAGUUCACAUCAUCGACUUAAGAACUGUCUUUUAGGCUUGUAUUUGUUUUAUUAACAUUUUUGGCACCCAGAUACAGGGAAUCAAACUGGCCUGACAUGAAGGAGCACACAGACACAGCCAGAGGGCUUGGGGCCCUGGGUCAGUUCCUCUCCAUACCCUUCCCAUUCUUGAGUAGCACAGUUCCCAAGGUGCCCAUGGAACAUCUGGUUUCAUCCCAAAUAUCAGUCCACCUCAGCAGGGUGGUACUGUAUCUGUCUGGCUUGGUGCCUCUGGUUCUAUAAUUAAGAUGUUCUUCAUUGAAGAUAAUCUUGUAACUGACAAGUGUUUUGCACAUUUGUUGGGAGCCAGGCUUCAUUUUUAUUUUAAUACAUAAUAAAUUCCUCCCUGCACAGGAUUUUUUAGUAGGGUAGGAGUAUCCUAAGUGGUAGCUUCCCAAGUAGCAGUAUGAAUUGCCUUUAGACUGCUUUUUGACUAUUCAGGCUACCUUUUAUACUAGACCCUGAAUACCAGAAUCUAAAGAAACACCCCCAAAAGUAAUUCUUUGAUAUUUCAUACUUUGUAUACACCAUAUCAGAAAUGGGUUGCUGAAGUUUAUUCGUUCAUAGUGAGAAUAGUUUAACCUCCUAAUAGAAAUUCUAUUUUCAUUGAACUCACUGAAAAAUCAUAUUUUUGGGUGUCUUAAGUUCAUCUUUUUAUGUUCUCUCAACUGUAUGUCUCAUCUAAUGUGAUAAGUCCUCACCGUAAGCCAUCUGCUAGAGUCCACCCCCUAAUUGACCCUUGGAUAUAAGAACCAAAUCAUUACAUGUCACAAUCAAUGUUCUGCCUUAAGAGUGAAUGCCCUGCAUAAAGUCGUGGAUGCAGUAGAGAAACAGGCCAAGGCAGCAACUGCAGCUCCAGAUACAGUGGGAGUGUGAAAGUCAUUUAUAUAUUUCUCUAUAAACUUUUAGAUUGGAUUAUUUGUUAUUUCUCUAUGUGAAAAUACCUAUCUUUGAGUAAACUACAUCCUUUUCCAUAAGCUGAUUUUGAUUGAUUUUUAUCAACGUAAGCACACCCUGUUCAUAGGGAAAAUAAACCUUAGGUUUUAAGCAUUGGCCUGAGGAAAAUGAAGCCACUUUCUGCUGUUUGUUCUGUUUCCAAAGAGGAAAGCAGCUACAAUUACUGUGCUCUGUGGGGAGCAGAGCAUUUGUUUUUAGACACGUGAUAGAAGGACAGACUGUGUGAUCUUCAUGAAGAGUUGACUUGGUUCAGGUCUGAAAACAAGACUUAGGACAGAACACUAAUGCUCUCCAAUAGGUGCUCACAUAGUAAAUGCUUGACGCUGUUGACUUGGGAUUUUUUUAUAUAUAUAAUAAUGUGGAUCACAGUGUUUUCUAAUUGAAAUAUAAAUGUUUUAAAUCUUCUGUUGACCCAAGGGAAUAACCCUUAGUUAGAUGUUCCUGAAUAGAUAGCCAGGAACAGAUCAGCACACAAAUGAUUUUACUGUACUUUUGUCUGCAGCAUUUGGGUUUAAAAAUAGUGUAAAGGGUCUUAGUGGAAAUAAAUAGCAGCCUGAAACUUAUUCUCUAAUAGCGGAUAAAAUUCUGGCCAUGAGAUCCCUUGCACUGUACCUGGCUAAGGAAAGGAAGGUCUUACUUUAGAAAGUCUCACAUAAGUGAGGUCUUUCUCUACAGCUCACAUUAAAUUGGGCUUAAUUCGCAUUUAACUUGCUUCUCUUGCCCUUGGAAGAAACAGUCUUGUUCUCCACCUGAACAAUCCCAGGUCAAAAAUCUGGUCAUUAAUAUACUUGUGAUCCAUGGAGUCAGAUCCAGCUUUUGUAAUUUGACCAAGUGAAAUACGUUUCUCCUAGUGGGUCAUUGGGUUUCCUCUGUUUUCAUUUCCGUGGGUUUUUCAACCCUCACCAGGGAGCACCAGCUUUGGAAGUAACUGUGGUACUGUAAAAGGUGGUUGUGGUCCUAGAGCACCUCCAGGCCUGAACUCCAGCCAACUGUUGCUCUGACUCACAGCAAUAGCAUACGUUACCCAUCACCAGCAUCUGUACAGAGCAGGGAAUUCUGGUUUAGUCCAUUGAUGGCGUGUGUGUGAGAAUAUUCGGACUCUGUUUCCAUCGGCUUCUUCCAUCACAGGACAGGCGCUAACCCACGUGUCUUCUUAUGGCUCCAUUUCUGUAAGAUUCCUGUGGCUUUGGUACAUGCUAUGUUUUCUUUAAAUGGCUAAGUUUAAAAGUCGAGUUUUCCUCGGCAGUUGGCCAUCCUGCCAUGUUACCCCUUUGUCAGUAUGGUUUGAGAGUGUAGCUUGAUUGUUAGACUUCUGUUGUCUGCCAGUCCAUGCGCACACAUCUCCAUGGUCAACAGGUGGGACAGCUGUCAAUGAAUCUUCAUGGACUUGAAGAUAAUUUCUUGUGACGUUGAAUGCAAGUGUCAUAGUGUUUCUAUGAAAAUACCAGGAAUCUUCACUUUUGCUACCUUGAUAUAGCAUUGAGCUAUCAUGUUACAACAUUGAAAUACA